AUGGACUUUUACUCUAAUCUUGACUCUCGGUCGUUGGAUCGAGAAACGCCGACUUUGUUUGAAGUCAUCAGUGCCAAGGAACUAGAACAGUUGCUUUCUCCCAGUGUUAGGUUUGUUCUGAUCCAUUAUGCCAACAGGUAUCCUCGCCAACUAAUUAGGCUACUGAACCAUUUCGACGAGUUGAACUUGGUCGUCAGGGGAUUUAUUGAGUACUCGAUUCUUCGAAACUGGAACUCAACCUUUAUUGAGAAGUUCUAUGGUAUCAAAAGGUGCAACAAGCUGAAUUUGUCAUUAAGACACGGGAAUCAUGAGUCUUCGGCAAAAUUCGAUACAAUCAAGAGACUGAAGAAAACACAAAUAUUCGCCUCGUUGGCCGAAAUAGUGUUGGUUCCUUACUUAAGAGAGAAACUAGAUCUGCUCUACGAUAAACUUCUUCCAGAAUACCUCUUGGAUAAAUUGAAACCGAAGGAAAACACCAAAGAUCUUAUCAAAUACUGGUUCCUCAAAUUGUAUCCGUCUAUCAGUUCAAUUUUGAAGCUGAUAAAUAUCUUGAUCAAGGUUCUGUUCCUUUCCGGAAAAAUCAAGUCGACAAAUCUACUUCAGUUUUUGUUUAACAUCCAGUACUCAAGAUUGAACCAGUUCGACCAUAAGCUGGCAGAAGAUAGAACUGCAAAGUUCCUCAAGACGACUUCCUCGGCACCGCAGACUUCGAGAAUCCGUCCUGUUUCGUUGACGGAAUCAGUUGCAGACCUGUACGCUUCGGUCUCUUACCCCUUUAAAAGGUCUUUUUUGGUCACAUCAGAGUCAAUCCUGCCAGUUUCUAUCUUCCUGCUAAAAUUCUUGGAAUGGUGGAACACUUCCGAAAUUAACAAAAAUUUCGGCUCAAGCGUGGUGUCUACAAAAACCCCACAAUUACCCCAAUUAUUAAACUCAGACGCCCUCAAGUCCGAGAAAGUUCGCUCAAAGCUCACAACUUCCACCGGUGACUGUCCGUUGUGUCACGAACCUAUUCAUAACCCCGCAAUUAUCGAGACCGGAUACGUCUUCUGUUACAAGUGUAUCUACACAUAUCUUAAAGAAGGCGACGAAGAUGGAGGUAAAUGUCCAGUGACGGGGAAAAAACUGAUCGGUUGCAAAUAUAGUCAGACAGCCAAAGAGUGGAAAGUCACCAAUGUGCGAAGAUUAAUGAUAUAA